UUUACAGAGGAAUAUGAGGGAGUUGAAAAGCUGGUUGCCCAGAAAUCCAAUGAAACUUGAUAAAGAAGCGCUUCCUGAUCUGGAAGAAACAGAUUGCUACACAGCUCCAUUCAGCCGAGCACGUAUUCAUCAUUUUACAAUAAACAACAAAGAUAGCUUCUUCAGCAACUCUACAAGGAGCAGGAUGGUACACCACAUGUUACAGAGAACAAAGUAUGAAGAUGGAAAACCAAAAAUGGGCAUUAACAGAUUGCUCAGCAAUGGAACUUAUGAAGCUGCAUUUCCUCCUCAUGAGGGAAGUCACAAGAGCAGGCAUCCUAUCAAAACACAUGGCGCUAAUAACCAUCGGCAUCUAUUAUAUGAACGAUGGGCACGAUGGGGGAUGUGGUACAAAUAUCAACCCCUGGAUCUAAUUAGACGGUAUUUUGGAGAGAAAAUUGGUCUUUAUUUUGCUUGGUUGGGAUGGUACACCGGGAUGCUUAUCCCUGCUGCACUUGUUGGAUUGUGUGUUUUCCUUUAUGGGUUAUUUACCAUGGAUUCUAGCCAAGUAAGCAAAGAGAUCUGUGAAGCAAAUGACACCAUCAUGUGUCCCAUGUGUGAGAAGAGCUGUACACUGCAAAAGCUCAAUGAAAGCUGCAUCUACGCAAAGGUAACUGGUUUUUCCAUGAUAAUUGGUUUUUGUUUCCCACAGGGCUUCUGUGACCCAGCAAGGUGGGCUAAGGCCAUGUAGAACAGGACUAGUCUCAUUGUAACAGCUGUAAUAGCUGAAUCUUGCAAGUCUGAAUGUGCCUCCUUCUCUCCCACUCUAUGGACUUGUGGGUUCAUAGAGUGAGACUUUGGGUAUCUCAUCACUGGAGGCUUUCAAGAAGAGACUGGACAGCCCUUGUAUGAAAUGAUAUAGUAUCUCCUGCUUGUGCAGGGAAUUGAAUGAGAUGACCUCCAAAGUUCCUUCCGACUGUUAUUCUAUAUUCUAUGUUCUAACUAGGAAGGGACUAGCCUGAGAAGUUUCCUCACAGUACAACAUUAAGGUCAGAUAAGAGGGGUUUGAGUUUGCCUCAGGCUCAAAGCCCUCUUAUCUGUCCUUAAUAGUGGCUCUUCCUCCUAUCCCUUAAAGACAUUCACUCCCCUUUCCAGAUUCCACUGAAAACUAUUUGUGUUAUAUUUCCCUCCUAAUAUCCAGAAUUGCACUGAUCUUUAAAUAGCAGCUGAUCAUGCCAUUUCAUUGUGUUCACUAUCUCACAAGAACCAUCGAGUUGGUUGACAACAAAAUGUUUGUGAUAGAAUCUAAAGGUAAGCAUAAUCUGGGUGGGUCACUGGGGACAGAGGCUUAGUCUUCCAAGCUCAUUUGGACUCAUGCUGGG